AUGAAUAUCUUCCGGUUACUAGCGGAUUUCUCCCAUCUGACCUCCAUUUUAAUACUUCUCCAGAAGAUGAAGUCAUCCAGCAGCUGCUCUGGCCUGUCAUUCAAGUCGCAAGUGCUGUAUUUCAUAGUGUUCAUCACGCGCUAUCUGGAUCUCUUCUGGACCUUUACCGAUUCGCUAUACCUGACGACCUUCAAGCUGCUCUUCAUCGGCUCCUCCGCAUACAUCAUCUAUCUUAUGCUCAAUGACUACAAGCCCACCCACGACCCCAACCUUGAUACCUUCAAGGUCCAGUACCUGCUGGGAAUCAGUGCGAUUCUGGCCUUGCUAUUCCCUCGCGACUACCGCAUCUCGGAGAUACUCUGGACCUUUUCCAUUUGGUUAGAGUCGGUCGCAAUCCUGCCGCAAUUGUUCAUGCUGCAACGCACUGGAGAAGCGGACACCAUUACCACCCAUUAUCUCUUCGCCCUGGGCAGCUACCGCGCUCUGUAUAUUCCUAACUGGAUCUACCGAUACUUCACCGAGACCAGUUUCCACCGAUCCUUCCAGCCGGUCACGGUCAUCGCCGGCAUCAUCCAGACCCUAUUGUACUCGGACUUUUUCUAUAUCUACUACAACAAGGUAUUGAAGGGCAAGAAGUUCUCCCUUCCUGUUUAA